GAGGAAACGGUGAGGGCGAGUCAGAGGAGGAUCAGCAGAGGAGUCCAGAGCGCAACGCGGGCGCGUCUUUUUGGUCUUCUUCUUCUUCAUCUUCUUCUCUCCUCCCCCUUGAGUCCCCGCUGCUCCACUCCAUCUCUCUCUCACCCUCUCUCUCUCUCUCUCUCUCUCUCUCUCCCCCCUUUCUUAAAUUGACAUCCGUCUGGCUCGGAACAUGACAACAGAGAAGCCUUCCUCCGCUGCGCGCUGCCGGGCUGUCCUCGACCCCGACCACUCGAACCUCGUAUAAGCGCGAGGAGGAAUCGGGACCGCGCAGCGUCCUGCCAGCGGGUGCUCAGGAAGGAAUAACCAGAGGGCUCCACACACACACACACACACACUCACACACACCCGCUUUGUAUGUGCUCGUAGAUCUUACGAGGUGCUCGCGUCUAACUGUAGCUCUCAAGUCAACAUGUACAUGCACGCGGCGAUACGCGCGAGCCUGGGAUUCGUCGGUUUCUGCUUGGUCGCCUUCGUCCAACAGUCGGCGUCAGGAAGUAAAACCGCUCAAGAUGUGGACGAGUGUGCCGAGGCGCUUGACAACUGCAGCAUCGACGCCAUCUGCCAGAACACCCUGAAGUCGUACAAAUGCAUCUGCAAGUCGGGAUACAAAGGCGACGGCAAACACUGCGAAGAUGUCGACGAGUGUGCCACUGAAUACAACGGAGGCUGCGUCCACGAGUGCAUCAACAUCCCAGGGAAUUACAGGUGCACAUGCUAUGACGGCUUCCGCUUGGCACACGAUGGGCACAAUUGUCUAGAUGUGGACGAGUGCUCCGAAGGCAACGGCGGAUGCCAGCAGAUUUGCGUGAACAUGAUGGGCAGCUACGAGUGCCGCUGCAGAGAAGGAUUCCUCCUGAGUGACAACCAGCAUACCUGUAUCCAACGGCCCAAAGCGCAACCGGAUCGCUCAAAGGAGGGACCCACGUGCAUGGACAAGAACCACGGCUGUGCGCACAUCUGCAGGGAGGCCCAGAAGGGGGGCAUCGCCUGCGAGUGUCGACCCGGGUUCCAGCUCACGCCCAACAUGAAGGACUGCAAAUUGACAUGUAACUACGGUAACGGGGGUUGCCAGCACAUCUGCGAGGAGACGGACCACGGCCCCAAGUGCCUGUGCCACAUGAAGUUUGUCCUUCACAGCGAUGGAAAGACUUGUGUAGGGGAGAGGAGUGUCCAGUCCCAGGCAGCCCCACAGCUGUUCCCCAAUGAGACCUGUGCAGUGAACAAUGGAGGCUGUGACAGCACGUGUCACGAUUCGGUGACCGGAGUGCGCUGCAGCUGUCCCGUCGGCUUCACUCUGCAGCCGGACCGCAAGACCUGCAAAGACAUUGACGAGUGCCGUCUCAACAACGGCGGGUGUGAUCACGUGUGCCGAAACACCGUGGGCAGCUUCGAGUGCAGCUGCAAGAAAGGCUACAAGCUGCUGACCAACGAGAGAACGUGUCAAGACAUCGACGAGUGCUCCUUUGAUCGCGCCUGCGACCACUUCUGCGUCAACUCCGCCGGCAGCUUCCAGUGUCUCUGUCACAAGGGCUACGUCCUGUACGGCCUGGCGCACUGCGGGGACAUUGACGAGUGCAGCAUAAACCGCGGAGGCUGUAAAUACGGCUGCGUCAACACGCUGGGGAGUUACGAGUGUACCUGUCCCCCCGGGCACAAGCUGCACUGGAACAGGAAGGACUGUGUUGAGUUGGUGAAAUGUCCUCUGGGACUGUUGGCACCAAAGGCCACUUUGACCUGUAGCAAGACGGGCAAGAAGGAGAGCUGCUCUCUUACCUGUGCCUCCAAGGCUCACUAUCUGGCAGAGUCGGACAACAGCUACUCGGUCAGCUGCGGCAUCCCCGUCCUCCGAGGGAAGUCCCCCUCCAGGCUCAACUCCAGCAGCAGUCAGAGCUGCAUAGAGACUCUGGCCCCCCCAGUGAAGCAGACGGCUUCUUUCAAGAUUAAAAACGCCAAAUGUUACCUGCACCCCAAGCUGACCGGCCGGACGGAGGACAGGGGACGGACACUUGGACCAGGAGGGGGGCAGCCCUGCAGCAACUGCCUGGUGACGUUCGUCAACCUGAAAUGUGACUCCUCGAAGAAGAGUAAAGGGCGACGUGCGCGCAACCCGUCCAACAAGGAGGUGACGCGUAUAACGUUGGAGCUGGAAGCUGAGGUCAAACCUGGAGACACUACAGGGAGUUGCAAUCUCAGCUGCCUGCGACAGCGCAUGGAGAAGCAGGUCAAGACGUACAUCAAGGCCCUGAAGAAGUCCAUCAACCAGGAGCGCUUCCUGAUCCGAGUCGCCGGCCUGGAGUACGAGGUCGCCCAGAAGCUGCCGCAGGCGGCUCCGAGCCACGAGAAGUGUGGCCCCGGCUGGGAGAGGGACAGCGGGCGAUGUGUCAGAUGCCUGCCGGGGUCCUACUACCACGGGGAGCAGGAGCGCUGUGUCCAGUGCCCCCCCGGCACCUUCCAGGAGAGGGAGGGGCAGCUGGCCUGUGACCUCUGCCCCGGGAGCGACGGCCACGGCGUCGUCGGGGCCAGAAACCUCUCCUCCUGCGCAGGACAGUGUCCAACGGGGUCCUUCUCCGGAGACGGGUUCAAACCGUGCCAGGCGUGCCCCCAGGGCUCCUACCAGCCGGAUUUGGGACGGACCCUGUGCUUCCCCUGUGGGGGGGGGCUGGGCACCAAGCGGGAAGGUGCCAGCUCCUUCCACGAUUGCGAAGUCAAAGUCCAGUGUUCUCCAGGUCAUUACUACAACACCACGGUGCACCGGUGCAUCCGCUGCCCGGUGGGCACGUAUCAGACGGAGUUCAGGCAGAACUACUGCAUCUCCUGCCCCGGGAACACCACCACCGACUUCGACGGCGCCACGAGCGUCUCGCAGUGCAAGAACAGGCAGUGCGGGGGCGAGAUGGGCGAGUUCAUGGGCUACAUCGAGUCGCCCAACUACCCCGGUAAUUACCCCGCUAACGUGGAGUGCGUUUGGAACAUCAACCCGCCCAGCAAGCGCAAGAUCCUCAUCGUGGUGCCGGAGAUUUUCCUGCCCUCGGAGGACGAGUGCGGAGAUGUGCUGGUGAUGAGGAAGAACUGGUCGGCCACGUCCAUCACCACCUACGAGACGUGCCAGACGUACGAGCGGCCCAUCGCCUUCACGGCCCGCUCCCGCCGCCUCUGGAUCAACUUCAAGUCCAACGAGGCCAACAGCGGCAGAGGCUUUCAGAUCCCCUACGUCACCUAUGACGAGGACUAUGAACAGCUCGUAGAGGACAUUGUGCGAGAUGGAAGACUCUAUGCCUCAGAAAACCACCAAGAAAUCCUCAAGGACAAAAAACUGAUUAAGACUCUUUUCGACGUGCUGGCUCACCCAAACAACUACUUUAAGUACACCACUCGGGAGUCCAACGAGAUGCUCCCCCGCUCCUUCAUCCGCCUCAUAAGCAGCAAAGUGUCCGCUUUUCUGCGACCGUACAAGUAAAGCUUGUGAACCCCACCCUCCCCCCCCGCCCCCCCCCCCACCACAGGCCAUCCCGCAACUCUCGCAGGACACUAGUCACCCUCUCUUACUUCCCAUAGGCUUCGACAGUAAACCGUACACGCAUACCUGAGAAACCCGGAGGUCCCCCCCGAGCUCAUGAGUGGGUUUGGCUGCUGUUGUGCAAUGAAACCACAAAGAAAAUCAAAAAGAUAUGAAAAGGGCCAUUUGAGACGGCAUAGCGUUGUGCGUGUCGUGGCCGUUGAGUGUGACUGUGUUCAGUGUUGUACAUUUGUUGUGUGACCCUGGUUGUGUGACCCUGGGGGGAGCGGCGGUUUGGAAUUUGUGUCGCCCCUGCGUUCCAGGUCAUUGGAAGUCGUGCCAUGUUUGAGCUCUUAGAGCGGUUUCAAAAAGUUUUUUACUGUUAAAACAGUUCACGUUUUUUGCUGCGUCCGUUUGGACCGAAUCAUGGGGGGGGGGGUUUAUUGGAGAUGAACAACAAAAUAAUAGAGAGUGUGCUGUCUAGUGGAACAUGUCUCAGAGAGAAAGGGAGAAAUGUCUUUGAGGGACAUUAUGUUUGCUGCUUCUUUCUAAAAAGGUCACUUUAAUGCUUCAAACUCAUAUUCUCUUUGAUAUCGUCUACACGCAGCCUCGAGGUUUGGAACUAAGGAAGCUCUUCAUGUUUGAAACACUUAGUUCUUACACACAGAAAGUUGACCAGUCGGUUUUUUUUUCCAAUCUUGUAAAUAAUGAAAAUAAACUAGACGAGGGUUUAAUUCUUUAAUCCUAAAUUCCGUACGCAGGACCCCCAAAAUUGCUUUUUUUCUUAUAUUCUUUGAAACAACCCCCCCACCCCUUCAUGUCCCACCCGCCUCAAACCUGGUCCUGUCCCAAUGAAGACAGCUCUUCCAAAGACCGCCCACAAAAGGUCGGUUCACUUUGUCUUGUGCACUAAGUUCUGAGCCCGUCAUCCUACCUUUAAGUACAUCGUGCAAUGAGUGACAACACGCCUUCAUGUUGUGAUCCACAACAACGCUUGUGAAAUGGGAUCUAGGCUGUAGGAUUCUUUUUGGGACGCAUUGUAUUAAAUAUGUAUCACUGUGGGCAGGAGAUGUUUAGGUUGCAAAGUGUAACUGCUCUUAUUAAGAGAUGGACAAAAAUAUAAAUAAAGUCAGUCAAGAAACAUGACAAUUCAGUGUGAAAAAAAAAAAUCCAACACUAUGCUUCAUGUUAAGACCUUCCAUGUAUAUAAAAAGUAAUUGCUUCAUAUGUCAUAAUAUGCUUAUUUUGCCAAGAAUCAGAUGACGCCACUCUAAUCUGGACAGAUUACUUCGCACAAAAAAAAAAAAAAAAAGUGACCACGUCCGCCUCAAAGUAACGAACCACAGCGACUUGUAUGGCGAGGACAUUGCUGGAGUCACUCAGUCCAGAAAGACUCUCAGCAAGAACGGGAAUGAAUAUGUGGACGACUCUUAUAAUCCCAGUAGGUCAAUGGUUCAGGUGCCAUCUGUGUAACUGAAGAAGCUGUGACCCUCACAGCUGUAUUAAAAAGCAGGCCACCCAACCUUUAGGAUGACAAAGGGACUUUGGGGGCGAUGCUGGGCCGAGGCACCAAGUCCUCACGUCAGGUCAGUAAGUCCACGUGCUGCCUGCAAACUGAGGUGUGCUCCUCGGCCAACAGCCCCCCCCUCCCAAAAAAACCCUCCCCCACCAGAAUCAGCUUCUUUCCUGCAACCUGAAAGUUUUUUUUUUUGUUGCCUUUUAACGAGAGUUUGCUAUGAUGUAUCAUAGAGUUGAUAAUGAUAUUUGCACUUGAAUUGUUAUUGCUCAUGUAAAGAAAUGUCUGGAUUUUUUAUUGUCUUUUUAAAUGAAUGGAAUUGGUGUUCUUAUUUUCUGGUAGCUUGUUUGUUCAUGAAAUGCUCACUCACCGUUUAGUCUAUAGAGAUGAUACAGAACAUUAUCAACUGUAAAAAAAAAAAGAAAAAAAGCUAUGUACAGAGGUGAAUGAAACCGGUUUGUACUUGUUACUGCCCACGACACUUAUUGAAAUAAACAUACUGUACUUCA